UGAAAGCUAAGGAGCUCCACAGUGAAGGAGAAAAAUACAUUCUUGCGUUACGGUUUCAAAAAGACAGCAAAACAUGAUAUUUCGUUGACUUCUCGUCUGUUUUUUUUUUUUUUUUCGCUUUUUGCAGCAAUAAUUUUCUUUCGGAAUAAGUCGCCACGUUUGGAUGUAUGUAGAGUGCGCGCUACCCUGACGGAGAAUGAAGUGGAGGCGCUUUUGGUUCAGUCGUGGAUGAUGUCCCGAAAUGAAUACCGAUUAUCAGAAGCCACCUCUAGCUCCUAAACCAAAGAUUCUCAAUCGCCUGUCUAUUAAGCUGCCUUCAUCCCUGAUGUCAAGACCCUGCUCCUCAGCUCGGGGUCCCAAACCUCCUGUGGCACCGAAACCCAGACCGCAGCAUGACCUGGAAGAGACAAACUGCCCUAAUGCUAACAGCAGCGUCAGCACAUGCACCAAUGGAGACCUGCCCUGCCCUGAGGAAGAGAUAGACCAAGACAAUGAAUUUGAGGACGUUCUGGCAGCAGACAAGAGGUACUUCCUCUUCUCCACCAACUACCUCCCCGACUGUACAGAGUCCUGCGUGGAGGAAGAGGUGGAGCAAACCUUGGCGUUUCCGACUGAUGUUCAGGCCCUCUGCUCCAAUAAUAAUGAAGCAGAGCAGGAGGAGGUGGCUGAAGGGGAAGUGGAAUUGAUGGAUUCAGCUGACACGGACAGCACAGAUUCCGUGGAUGCCAUCAACAUCAGUGAUGCGGACUCUGUUGCGGACUCGGCAGACGGUGUUGAAAUCAGUGAUAUUGAGUGUGGGGACGACACCACCCCAGAAGACUGCGAUGCCGGUGAGGCGCUGGCAGACACCGACGGACUCUCAGAAUGCGAUGUAGCCUCUAACAACGAGGGUUCCCCAGACAGUCUGUGUGAGACAGGAGAGGAGUCAUGCCUGACAGAAGAGGAUGAAAACACUGCUGAAGAGCAGCCCAAUGAUAGAGGGGUUUCAGUGGAACAGCUCCACAGUGAGGAGUCAUGCUUUAGGGUCCUAUGUGUUAGCAACUUCAGAAGCACAUCUGAUGAGGAGGAUGCCACCCCUGGUACUGAGUGUUCAACGUUCGAGGGGACCCCUACAGAAGCAGAGUAUGUUAACAGCUGUGUCCCCCUUCAACUACAUGAGGAGUAUCCAUAUGAUGUAAUUGGCCCUCCGUGUGAUUCCAACAUUCCCAAGACCCCAGGAGAAUUUUACCAGCCUUACUCGGUCAUAGACACAGUGCCUGGCACAUACACAGCCAGUGUCACAGACUUCCUGGCAAAGGGUGAUGAGGAAAAUGGUCAUAGCAGAGUAAACAUAUCGGAGGAUCAGGUAGCCACUAACUUAGAACCAUAUUAUGUCUCCUCAAAUGAUGUGGCUGAUAUCAAGGAUAACCAGGCACAUGCAGAGGGGGACAUAAGUCACAAAUCUCCUGAUUUACCACAUUCCCAGCCCCAGAUUAGCAAAGUGAACAAAGAGGAUGUUGAUGACUAUGCAGAUAUUGAUGAUUCAUUCUGCAAGGAUCCAGAGGAUCUACAACAUCUUGAAUGUGCUUCAUCUGAGGACUAUGUCGAAAUAGGUGACGAUGAGGAUGAAGAGACCAACCAGCAACUAAGGGACGAGACAAAAAAAGCAAAGGACUGUGAAGGACCUGCAAGCAAGCAAUGCCAAACCUUACUCAGCCAGCUCAAUAGUCACCCCCACUUCAGACUGUGCUCCAUUACUGUGCCAGCUAACCUGGACUUAUGCAGAUCCUCUGAGCUCACCAACAGGCUGGUGCUUGCUGACACCACAGAUGCUUUUGAGGAAGAAAUUGACUUUGAUGGCCAUAUUGUGCCUUACUAUGAGGGCAGUGAUACAGAAAGGGACAAUAUCAGCGAUGAGCAUGUCUAUGAAGAGGCUGGGCUGGACUCCGAGGGAGAAAAUUUCCUUUCUCUUGAGAGAAAGUGCAUAGUGACACGGUCACGAUCUCUCUCAUGCAAAAUGCCUGGUUACGUCCCUGAAACAGUACCUGAGGAGACAGGCUCAGAGUACCAAACCCAUGACUACUGCACAGUGGCUUUAGACAAAAGUGGAGAUCCACCUGGUAACAGUGAAAAGCCAGAGGCAAACCAAAUGUUUCCCUCUUCUAAGCCAAGGCAUUUUCUUUUGUACCCUCGAUCCUAUUCAGUAGAGGGACGCGACGUUCCAAUGUCAGUUUAUGCUGAGGGAUCCCUGACAGGGGAGGCCAGAAUGAAGAGGAGGGAAGACAACCUCUCUCUGCCAUGUGUCAUCGCCUCCUCUGGGAGUUUUUCUCAGAGAGGUCUUCGCCCUUCCAGCGGCCUGUCCACACCAACAUCUGCGGUGGAAAUCCCACCACCUUUUGAGCUAGCCUACAUCACCAAGAAGCCCAUCACCAAGAGCUCCCCAUCUCUCCUGAUCGAGUGUGACUCGUCAGAGAAGCAGAAGAAGAAAAAGUCCUCAUUCAAGCGCUUCCUAGCUCUCAAGUUCAAGAGGAAGACGGAGAACAAGGCCCAUGUGGACGUUAGCAUCCCCUCCUCUCGUUCUUCCUCAGAGUCGAGCCACCACGGGCCCCUGCGUGUCCUGGACAUUGACCGAAGGAGCAUGAGCAGCUCCCCACAGCUGCAGUCUCGAUCAGGGAUGCCACAUCGGUCAUCUGACGUGCCAUCCCCCUUUCUAUUGUAUAAAGAUGGGCCAAGGAGAAAAGUUGACCCCAAGGCCUUUGGUAACAGGAGUGUGUUAAGAGUGGAGUCUUUCGAGGACCGGUCCCGUCCACCCUUGAUGCCACUUCCCCUGACCAAGCCACGGUCUAUCUCCUUUCCAAGUGCAGACACAUCAGACUAUGAGAACAUUCCUGCCAUGAGCUCUGACUAUGAAAACAUCCAGAUUCAACCUCCAAGGCCUGCUCGAGCUGGAACGUUUGGCGAAUACUUUGAAGGCCCCAACCAGGCACUCUCCUCUGCUAAUGAUACUGAUGGCUACGUGGAUAUGAGCAGCUUCACAGGGUUUGAAAGCAAACCUCAAACACCUGAUCAGGAGUCUGAAAGUGCCUAUACAGAGCCCUACAGGGUGUGUCCCCUGGCCCCCAGGCCCCCAGGCGAGGCAGGGGGUGAGUUGGUGGGCGAGGAAGACCAAGGACGAACCUCAGAAGAAGAAGAUGGCUGUGCAGAAUACAGUUACGACAAACAGAUUGAUGGGCGAUCCAGAGCAUUCUAUAUUGCCAAAGGACUGAUGGAUACAGAGAAACUGCAUGUCAAGGGUCUCAAAAUGCUACAUGAGGACUUCAGGGCUGCAGUGGGGGCAGCUGUGGGGGAGGAGGGGGGUCCUGUUCUGGAGCCAGGCAGGCUGGAGGAGAUCCUCAACCAGCUGCCCAAGGUGUAUGAGCUGCACUGCCACAUCCUGACGGACCUGGAGACUCGCCUGAGACAGUGGGAAGAGACCCAGAAGAUAGCAGAUGUGAUCUUGUCACGAAGAACGGAGUUCACCAUUUUCACCACCUACAUCUCAGAGUAUGACCGGAGUAUGGCCUUGCUGAAUGAAUCUUGCCAAAACUCACCCACCUUUGCCACUAUUGUCAAGCAGUUUGAGGAGAAGCCGGCAGGCGGAAGCGUGUCCCUGAAACACCAGCUGCUGCAGGUGGUCGUACGUGUGCUCCAGUACCGCAUGCUGCUCACAGAUUACCUCAACAACCUUUCCCCAGAUUCAGCAGAGUAUGAGGAUACACAAGCUGCCUUGGUGAUCGUAUCAGACGUUUCAGACCAGGCUAAUGACAACCUGAAACAAGGGGAGAAUUUGCUGCGGCUGGUCCAUAUUGAGUACAGCAUACGGGGUCAAAGAGACGUGCUCCGACCAGGAAGGGUAUUUGUGAAAGAGGGCACUUUAAUGAAAGUUUCCAGGAAAAGUAGACAGCCACGCCACUUAUUUUUGAUGAAUGAUGUGAUGCUGUACACCUUUCCGCAGCAGGAUGGCAAAUACAGGCUGAAGAACACUCUCUCUCUGACUGGAAUGAAGGUCAGCAAGCCCACUAUAGAGAAUGUGCAGAAUGCACUGAAGAUUGAGGUGAAUGAUAUCUCCAUCACACUCUCUGCCAGCUCAUAUGGGGAGAGAGAGGACUGGUUCCACACGCUCAUCCGGACCGUGGCAGACCACACCAGACCACCUGGGUCUUUCAGCAGCUACAGCAGUGAGGCCCGAGAGAAGCUGUGGCUGUGUCUGGGGGAGAAGGCCCCCACCCUGGUGCCCGUGUCUCACGUGAUGAUGUGCAUGAACUGCACCUCCGACUUCUCGCUCACGCUCCGUCGCCACCACUGCCACGCCUGCGGGAAGAUUGUCUGCCGAAGCUGCUCCAGGAACAAGUACCCUCUCAAGUACCUCAAAGACAGGGUGGCCAAGGUGUGUGACCACUGCUACGCUGAGCUGAGGAAGAGAGGGGGGACUGUCACUGGGGUGGACAAUAAUGGCAGUCCUCGACCCAACCGGUCCAGUCGACCGCUUUCUGCGGUCUUCCAGAGCAUCCACCCGCCCAGCCUAUGGAAGCACCGGAAGAGCACCUCUGCUCUGAACCAGGUGACAGGAUCGGCCGAGGGCUCCACCAUGAGCGGCAGCCUGCAUCGCUGCAAGAGGAGCAAGAGAAAUUGGAAAAAACUCUGGUUCCUCAUCAAAGACAAGGUGCUUUACACCUUCACAACAUACGAGGAUAAGGUAGCAUCUGAGAGCUUGCCUCUGCUUGGCUUCACUGUGAGAUUGCCAGAGAAGGUGGAAGGAGAGGAAACUGCCAAUGUCUUCCAGCUUUAUCAUAAGAAGACUCUUUUUUAUACCUUUCGAGCACAAGACACAGGCACUGCCCUCAGGUGGGUCAACGCCAUAGAAGAGGCCACUGUUUUAUAGCAUCUGCACUGUAUGGUGAAUCCACACAAGGCUGCCCUUCCUCAGUGAGCAUGUCCUUUUCCAUCAGAAUGGCUGAAUGUAAAACAAACAAGACUCCUGGACUCUGUGCCAAUAGCUGGAUCUCACUGAACAGUCAAAGGUGUCAGAGUAAAAGAGGCCUCAUUCGCAGACAGAGGAAACACACACUUUUUCUUGUUAUGAUGUGAUCUCUUUAGGCUGGAUCACACAUUUCUGUAGGGGGAUAUCCUCUGUGUUUACAGCAAUCAUUGCCAAUGCUGAUGUCAACCAAACCCCUUCUAUCAUCAGACAAAUUCACACGGUGAUUCUCAGCUCUUCCAAAAGGAAUUGAAUUUCUAAUAAGCAUGCUAGUCAGCCAUUUAUCUCUCCAUAAUGCUCUAUACUUACUCUGUUCCAGUGCAGAGUAUUCACAGUGUUGUA